AUGGAUGAGGAAAUUGAAGCAGAAUACAACAUUCUACAGUUUCUUCCUAAUCAUCCAAACGUCGUCAAGUUUUAUGGGAUGUUUUACAAAGCAGACCAAUAUGUGGGAGGACAGCUGUGGCUUGUUCUAGAGUUGUGUAAUGGAGGUUCUGUCACCGAACUUGUCAAAGGCCUGUUGAGGGGUGGCCAGAGAUUGGAAGAGUCUGUCAUCUCCUACAUCUUGUAUGGCGCUCUCCUGGGCCUUCAGCAUUUGCACAGCAACCAAAUCAUCCAUCGUGAUGUCAAGGGGAAUAACAUUCUUCUGACAACAGAAGGAGGAGUUAAGCUCGUUGACUUUGGAGUUUCAGCCCAACUCACCAGUACUCGGCUGCGGAGAAACACGUCAGUCGGCACGCCAUUUUGGAUGGCACCUGAGGUCAUUGCUUGUGAACAGCAGUAUGACUACUCUUAUGAUGCUCGGUGUGACGUAUGGUCCCUUGGGAUAACAGCUAUUGAACUGGGUGAUGGAGAUCCACCAUUAUUUGACAUGCAUCCUGUGAAAACUCUCUUUAAGAUUCCAAGAAACCCUCCUCCAACCUUACUUCAUCCAGAAAAAUGGUGCAGGGGAUUCAACCACUUUAUUGCCCAAUGUCUUAUCAAGGAUUUUGAAAACCGACCGUCAGUCACACAUCUGUUAGAGCACCCAUUCAUCAGACAAGCCCAGGGAAAGGAUAUGGCUUUACAAAAACAGCUGGCUGAUCUCAUCCGAGGACAGGAGCAGCUAGGCUCCGCUAUGAAAACCAGGCAUGAGCGGAUGCAUACAAGAAGACCUUAUCAUGUGGAAGCAGCUGACAAAUAUUCAUUGGAUGAUGAUUUGGUAAAUUUAGAGGUUCUUGAUGAGGAUACAAUUAUUCGUCAGCUUCAGAAACGUUAUGCUGAUUUACAGAUUUAUACUUAUGUUGGAGACAUUUUAAUAGCUUUAAAUCCUUUCCAGAAUCUCAACAUAUAUUCUCCACAGUUUUCCAAGCUUUAUCAUGGUGUGAAACGCUGCUCAAAUCCCCCCCACAUAUUUGCUUCAGCGGAUGCUGCAUACCAAGGCAUGGUUACUUUCAAUAAAGAUCAGUGUAUUAUCAUCAGUGGAGAAAGCGGUGCUGGAAAAACAGAAAGCGCCCAUCUAAUUGUCCAACAUUUGACCUUCCUCGGAAAGGCUAAUAACCGGGCUCUGAGAGAGAAGAUUCUCCAAGUGAACCCCUUGGUGGAAGCAUUUGGAAACGCAUGCACUGCCAUUAAUGACAACUCAAGUCGUUUUGGAAAAUACCUGGAAAUGAUGUUUACACCAACAGGAGCUGUAAUGGGUGCAAAAAUUUCCGAAUACCUUCUGGAGAAGUCUAGAGUUAUAAAACAGGCUUUAGGAGAGAAAAACUUUCAUAUAUUUUACUACAUCUAUGCCGGCCUGUAUCAUCAAAAGAAACUUUCAGAGUACAGCCUUCCAGAUAAAACCCCCCCUAGGUAUAUAGAAAAUGAAACUGGAAGAGUAGUGCAAGACAUUAUUACUAAAGAAUCAUAUGGAAAACAAUUUGAAACAAUUCAGCAUUGCUUUCGAAUCAUAGGGUUCACUGAUGAGGAAGUCCAUUCAGUGUACAGAAUCUUGGCUGGGAUUUUAAAUACUGGAAACAUAGAAUUUGCUGCCAUUUCCUCACAACAUCAAAUAGACAAGAGUGAAGUUCCUAAUGCAGAAGCCCUGGUAAAUGCUGCUUCCCUGCUCAGCAUUGGCUCAGAGGAACUUCAAGAAGCUCUAACAUCCCAUUGCGUAGUAACACGAGGUGAAACCAUCAUCCGCACCAACACUGUGGAUCAAGCUGCCGAUGUACGAGAUGCCAUGUCUAAAGCCCUUUAUGGCCGACUCUUCGGCUGGAUUGUAAAUCGUAUCAAUACCCUGCUGCAACCAGAAAAAAAUAGCAAUGCCGGGAAUGGUAUGAACGUUGGGAUCUUGGAUAUAUUUGGAUUUGAGAACUUUCGAAGGAAUUCAUUUGAGCAGCUGUGCAUAAAUAUAGCCAAUGAACAAAUUCAGUAUUAUUUUAAUCAACACAUUUUUGCCCUCGAGCAGAUGGAAUAUCAGAGCGAGGGAAUUGAUGCCUCAACAGUGGAAUACGAAGACAACCGCCCUCUCUUGGAUCUGUUUCUGCAGAAGCCAAUGGGUCUGCUUUCUCUUCUGGAUGAAGAAAGCCGAUUUCCCCAAGCAACAGAUCUGACUUUAGUUGAUAAAUUCGAAGAUAAUCUACGCUGCAAAUAUUUUUGGAGGCCAAAACGAGUGGAGCUGUGUUUUGGCAUUCAGCACUAUGCUGGAAAGGUUUUGUAUGAUGCCUUUGGCUUCCUUGAGAAGAACAGAGAUACUCUUCCUGCUGACAUAGUUGUCGUCCUCAGAACUUCAGAGAACAAACUUCUUCAGCAGCUCUUCUCUAGCCCUUUGACCAAAACAGGUAACUUGGCUCAGACAAGAGCAAGAGUCACUGCAGCAUCCAGGUCUUUGCCACCACAAGUUAGUGCUGGGCGCAUGAAGGUUGACACUAUGGAAGUGAUGCGGCACCCAGAAGAAACCACUAACAUGAAGAGACAAACUGUAGCUUCUUACUUCCGGUAUUCGUUGAUGGACCUGCUCUCCAAGAUGGUAAUCGGGCAACCUCAUUUUGUCCGCUGCAUCAAGCCCAAUGAUGACCGAGAGGCCAUGAAGUUCUCUCGGGAGAGGGUAUUGGUUCAGCUACGCUAUACUGGCAUUCUGGAAACUGUCAGCAUCCGACGCCAGGGAUACUCUCACCGCAUCCUCUUUGAAGAGUUUGUGAAAAGAUAUUAUUACUUGGCAUUCAAGGCCCAUCAGACUCCUCUUGCUAAUAAAGAAAGUUGCAUUGCUAUCUUGGAAAAAUCCAAAUUGGACCAGUGGUUGCUGGGAAAAACAAAGGUUUUUCUCAAGUAUUACCAUAUAGAGCAGUUAAACUUGCUCCUGCGAGAAGUUAUAGGUAGAGUGGUGAUCAUGCAGGCCUAUACCAAGGGAUGGCUUGGAGCUCGGUGGUACAAGAGAGUGAAAGUAAAGAGAGAAAAUAGUGCUGUGACCAUUCAGUCUGCUUGGAGAGGAUAUGAUGCUCGCAGGAAAUAUAAGGAAAUAAGUCGCAGGAGAAUCCAGGCCGCUGUUCAUAUUCAAGCAGCUUUUAGGGGUUAUGCUGUUCGUAAACAACGUCUGGGAUCAAAACCCACCAAAUACUAUACAGUGGAUUUAGAAACCCUGAGCAACACCCCUACUGCUGUCAGUGAAAGACAUAAUGGAAACCGGCCACGACUUGGCGCAAAUUCUUCCAAGGAAUAUGAUGCUCUUGACAAACAGUCAAACAAGCAGCCAGUCACAAGGAGUGACUCAUGGCAGGCACAUGCAUCCCUUGUAACUCCAGGCCGCCCUCAGGGAGCCCAUCCAAAACAAGAAAACUAUCUUGAACAGAAGCUGAGAACACCUCGUCGAAGAUGUCAGCAGCCCAAAAUGCUGAAUAGCCCUGAGGACAACAUGUACUAUAACCAGUUAAAUGGAACUCUAGAAUAUCAAGGGAGUAAGAGGAAGCCAAGAAAACUUGGCCAAAUCAAAAUGCUUGAUGGGGAAGAUGAGUAUUAUAAAUCACUAUCAGCUGUGGAAUCUAUCCCUGAAGAAGACAGCUCAUUCCCCCAAAACCCUUCAGUCUCAUCCUCCAAAGAAAAGUCUUUUGCUCAGAUCUGAAUUUUGCUUCCUGCCCCUUGGUUUAAUGCAGGUUGCCUUUUGUUUCCCUUUGCCUUCUGCCCGCCGGGAGGAAAACCGCGCAGAGUUGUGAAAGCCAAAUUUUCCUGGUCC